GGAGGGAGUCUGCUCUUCUAGAACUCGGGGCUGGUGCAGGCUAAAGAGAAUGUCCCUUAGGAGCCCCUGCGUGGUGGCAGAGAAGGGAGUAGGCAGUGACCCCUAGACUCCUCUGGAUGCCUGGGAGGGAAACUGAGGCCAUGCUGGGACUCCCUUUUCUUCUCGGGGGUGGGGUGGGAUGGCACAGGUCAGCCGACAGAACUGUGCCUCUGUGAUACCGUGUUGUUCACCAGGACGAAAAUUAUGUCCUGAGCCUUUUGGACCUUCUGCCUAGCAGCCUACCCCCUCCUCCGCUACAGAGCAGAGCUAUGGUGGGCGGGGUUCGUUCCGAAGUCUUUUCUGAAUAGGUUUUCUUUCUACUUGGAGCCUAGGGAUAUGGAGACACUCCCCCAUCCCCCCACCCCCAGUCAAACUUACUCAAAUUUUCAUCUUUAGAGAAUAUUAGGAGUUGAAUUUUUUUAAAUCUUGAGUUACAAACCUUAUGGAGAUAGCAUUACCCCCAGCCCUGUGGUCCUGGGGAUGGAACCCAGGGCCUUGUGGAUGCUGAGCAAGUGUCCUGUCAUGGAGAUGCACCCUUGGCCAUGCAGACGACAAUUUGAGAGGACAAGUGCACGGGAAAAUGGGACUCGCCUCCUGUUCAGUGGCCUUUCUCAGAACCCCUGGGGGACCUACUCAGCAAAGCUGGCCUGCAGCUGGCUCCUCGGAGGCCGGUACUUUUCCACGUUUAAAAAUUCAUGACCCAUUAAAAACUAUAAAAAUCCCAUGCCCUUUGUGUUUUGUGAUGCAAAGAGCCUUAGGCUCCUUUUCAGAAUAUGAAAUAAUAAUAUCGGCUCUGCAUGUCUUAGUAUAAAGCCCUCCCUCCCCUUAGUUGAGAAUUACUGCCCAGGACCCUUAGAGCCCAAGGCCAUGGCUUUAAACAUGUGGCAGAAACUACAGGUGGCACUAGAUUGGUGUCUGAGCUUGCAAGGCUCUUUCUGUCCUUAGAUCGUGUUAGAAAGAGGUGGGCAGCGCACAUGGGGCCCGCCUAGGGAGCAGGGAGGGGCCUAUUCGCCACAUAAUUAGUUUCCUUCCUCCCAGGGUUUCAUGCCAGAGGUGUGAACAGAAUGAACAAUUAAUAAAACUCUUAACUCCAGGGAGCUGGGUUCUAGCUGGGAAAAUAGGAACAGGCUGUUGAACCAACAAGCAGACCUGCUCCACAGAUACAUUCACACCCACACACCGUCCACAGCCUGUCUCGCCCUUCAUACCAAACUUGUCAGAGCCUCAAGCUGGAGCUGUGCCAAGUGCAGCAUCCGAUAAAUGUCCCAGAAUGACUGAUACACACUCGCCUUGUGGAGCCUAGAGCUCACUACUGUGCCUGCCAGUGACUCACACCCUCCUCUUUCCCCCAAGUCCUACACUGUCUUUUUCAGGGCCCCACGUGAUAGCCAUGUCCAGUGUCCUACAAAGGGUUCUGACUGGUUCUAUUCAAUGUCCCAUCCCCAGGGAAGGGAGGGGAGCUGAGACAGACAGACAUGAGGCUUGUCCUGUUGUGGCCACCAAGCACAAGUCUUGGAUGGCAAAUAAUGAGGAGCCAGGAACUGUCCCUGCCUGGCUACGGUUGAAUGACUUAGCUUCUUUUACCCCCCUCUUCCCCAGCUCAUAUUAGAAGCUGGUGCCCCUCCCUGCACCUCAUCAAUAGCCCUGUCUUUUCCCAGGCCCUCUGCCUUCUCCUGUCACAAGCACUUGGUCCUGGGUCUGUUUACUCCUUGUUCCUUGUGGCAUGUUUUGUUCCCAGUGUGACCGAGCUCAAGUGCAAUCUUUAUCUUCCUUGUGACUGGUGCCCCAGCCAGCAAGCUGCACACACAGGUUGCUCAUGGCAUAAACAGGUUCACUUGCUGACUCCCGCCUACCCCACAACACAUCAGCAGCCCUGCCUGUGUCUCCCACGCCACCAUGCUAACCCUGUAUUCUUGUCCCAGUGGACCUUCCUGGGCUCUGGGCACUGCUAUUCCAUUUCAAGGCCCAGCAUCCUCCUUCCCUGCUUUACAGCUCCCUUGUCCAUUAGUACCGCCCUUCUGCAGCUCUGCCUCCUGCUGGGCCCUCUGCUGAAGGGCUGUCCAGCCAGAGCCAGGAAGCUUCAGUCCUGAACCAGAGAAUUCCAGAUCAAGGAAGGGUGAAGGUGGAGACGGAAGUGGGGCACACAGGAGGGAGUCUCCUGAAGUUUGGGCCAGAAAACAGUGGAAGGGUGUGCGCAUGACGUGUUCAGGAAAGCCUCGAGUUUAGCCAGAGAGGGUCUGGCCUUUCCCCUUUGACUCCUAUCAACCUAUAGUUAGCACCCAGGGGGGCCACGGCCAGAAUGAGACUCCUAAUCACAUCUGGAACAUAAAUUUUAAUUACCAUUCUUUUAGGAGUUGAGGUUGUCACCAGGGGAAUAUGAUAAGGUCCCAGAAGGAACCUAGCUAGUCCCGUGCCUUUUUCCCCCUUGAGUUUCACUAGGCAGAACCUCUCCUCCCUACCUCCCAUCCUUGCAUCAUUUAAACUGGAGCGAAAUCGCAACUUGUCUUCCAGAAGAGCCAGGGUUAACACUGGGGCUCCUUGAUUCACUGCCCAUCAUAGUUCAGAUUCCCGUAGUACAUACCCUCUGUGCCCCUUCCCUUGUUGGGCUGAGCUGGGCACUGCUGAGUGCUGUCCUUUGGGGUGGUAACACUGACGAGAAAGGAACAUCCCAUCCUACCGUCUCAUGCUCCUCACUCUCUGGUGUCUCUUCCUCUGGUGUCGGUUGACUUGUCUCUGCCUCUCCUCCUUCUGGCCACAUGAGGACCCUCUCCUCUGGACAGAAGCUCUCUUCUGGCUUCCAGCCCGCUGUACCUGCUCACGGCCAUCGACUAGGUGACUGUUUACCGGGUAGACGAGGCUGGGGCCAGUUCCACGCACUGCCUCUCCCCACAGGCCGAGCACGCUGGAGUCCGCACCUACUUCUUCAGUGCCGAGAGCCCUGAGGAGCAAGAGGCCUGGAUCCAGGCCAUGGGCGAGGCUGCUCGGGUUCAGAUCCCUCCAGCCCAGAAGUCAGUGCCUCAGCCUGUGCGACACAGCCACGAGAAGCCAGACUCAGAGAACAUCCCACCCAGCAAAGCUCAUCAGCAGCCCCCUCUCAACAGUCUCCCCAAGCCAGAGCCCGAGGCCAAGACUCGAGGGGAGGGGGACGGCAGAGGCUGCGAGAAGGCCGAGCGAAGGCCCGAGAGGCCUGAAGUCAAGAAAGAGCCUCUAGUGAAAGCCAAUGGCCUCCCAUCUGGACCUGAACCAGCCUCGGAACCCGGCAGUCCUUACCCUGACGGCCCAAGGGUCCCUGGGGGUGGAGAGCAGCCCUCCCAGCCCAAUGGCUGGCAGUAUAACUCCCCAAGCCGACCAGGGAGCACGGCUUUCCCCCCUCAUGAUGAGGACACUGGGGGAAACCGGCGGAGCUUUCCUCCGCGCACUGACCCUGACAAAAUUGCCCAACGCAAAAGCUCCAUGAAUCAGCUUCAGCAGUGGGUGAACCUGCGCCGUGGGGUGCCCCCACCCGAAGACCUUCGGAGUCCUUCGAGGUUCUACCCCGUGUCCCGCCGGGUCCCCGAGUAUUACAGCCCCCACUCCUCCCAGUACCCCGAAGAUUACCAGUACUACCCACCUGGAGUGCGACCAGACAGCAUCUGCUCCAUGCCGGCCUAUGACAGGAUCAGCCCGCCCUGGGCCCUGGAGGACAAGCGCCACUCCUUCCGCAACGGGAGUGGACCCAAUUACCAGCUUCGUGAAUGGAAGGAGCCUGCCAGCUACGGGCGUCAGGAUGGCACUGUUUGGAUCCCCAGCCCCUCCCGGCAGCCAGUCUAUUAUGAUGAGCUGGAUGCUGCCUCUGGCUCCCUGCGACGCCUAUCCUUGCAACCCCGUUCCCACUCUGUGCCCCGUUCACCCAGCCAGGGCUCGUACAGUCGUGCCCGAAUCUACUCCCCUGUGCGCUCACCUAGUGCCCGUUUUGAUCGGCUGCCACCUCGCAGUGAGGACGUCUAUGCAGACCCUGCUGCCUAUGUCAUGAGGCGUUCCAUCAGCUCCCCAAAGUAUGAUUACCUGGGAGACAGGCGGCCAGUCCCUGCAGGACUGUUCCCCUACAACUACCCACCAUCCCCCACGGUCCACGAUAAGAUGGAUGAACUGUUAGAUCUUCAGUUGCAAAGAAACCUAGAGUAUUUGGACCAGCAGAUGAGUGAGAGUGAGACUCUCAUCAGUAUGGUGAACCGCAUGGUGGAGAGCUCCUCCCCCAGGGCCCAGCUCUUCAUGCAAGUCCCUGCAUACCCAGAGGUGUUCCGGGACGGCCUCCACACCUUCAAGUUAAACGAGCAAGACACGGAUAAGCUGCUGGGCAAGCUGUGUGAGCAGAACAAGGUGGUGAGGGAGCAGGACCGGCUGGUGCAGCAGUUGCGAGCAGAGAAGGAGAGCCUAGAAAGUGCCUUGAUGGGGACCCACCAGGAGCUGGAGAUGUUUGGAAGCCAGCCCGCCUACCCAGAGAAGCUGCUGCACAAAAAGGAGUCUCUCCAAAACCAGCUCAUCAACAUCCGAGUGGAACUGUCACAGGCCACUACGGCACUGACCAACAGCACAGUGGUGUAUGAGAACCUCGAGUCCGAGGUCUCUGCCCUGCACGACGACCUAUGGGAACAGCUCAACUUGGACAUCCAGAAUGAGGUGCUCAAUCGGCAAAUUCAGAAGGAGAUCUGGAGGAUCCAAGACGUGAUGGAAGGACUGAGGAAGAACAACCCAUCUCGGGGCACGGACACGGCCAAGCACAGGGGAGGACUCAGCACCUCAGCCACCUAUAGCUCCAACAGCCCAGCCAGCCCUCUCAGCUCUGCCAGCCUUACCAGUCCCCUGAGCCCCUUUUCAAUGGUGUCUGGUUCUCAGGGAUCUCCAACCAAGCCAGGGUCCAGCGAGGAACCUGGCCCACCUCGGCCACCCCUCCCCAAAGCCUACGUCCCCCUGGACUCUCCUCCCACCGUCCCUCCACUCCCUAAUGAGAGCCGCUUCUGGCCAUAUCCCAACUCCCCUUCCUGGCAUCACAGUGGCGAGACAGCCAGGGGUCAGACCAAAACAGGCUAUGAGUCAAGCAAGAAAGAAUCCGACCAGACAUCACUCCUGGAUACCCCCAGAGACAUCAGCCUCGUGCCCACCAGACAAGAGCUAGAGGCAGAGAAGCAGGCAGCUCUCAACAAAGUUGGCAUCGUGCCCCCUCGGACAAAAUCUCCUGCUGAAGAAGAGAUGACGCCGUCAGGAGUGGUGAGAAGGACCACCAAUGGCCUCACCAAUGGCCUCUCCUCCCGGCAAGAGCGCCCCAAGAGUGCUGUGUUCUCUGGAGAGGGCAAGGUGAAGAUGAGUGUGGAGGAGCAGAUGGACCGGAUGAGGCGGCAUCAGAGCGGCUCAAUGAAGGAAAAGCGGAGGAGCCUGCAGCUCCCAGCCAGCCCUGCCCCUGAAUCUAGCACCCGGCCUGCCUACAAAGUGGUGCGGCGUCACCGCAGCAUCCAUGAAGUGGAUAUCUCCAACCUGGAGGCCGCCCUGAGGGCCGAGGAACCUGGUGGCCAGGCCUAUGAGACGCCACGGGAGGAGAUCGCCCGGCUUCGCAAAAUGGAGCUGGAGCCCCAGCACUAUGAUGUAGACAUCAAUAAGGAGCUCUCCACUCCAGACAAAGUCCUCAUUCCUGAACGGUACAUUGACCUGGAACCAGACACUCCCUUGAGCCCCGAGGAGUUGAAGGAGAAGCAGAAGAAGGUGGAGAGGAUCAAGACACUCAUUGCCAAAUCCAGUAUGCAGAACGUGGUGCCCAUCGGCGAGGGCGACUCUGUGGACAUGCCCCAGGACUCAGAGAGCCAGCUGCAGGAGCAGGAGAAGCGGAUUGAAAUCUCCUGUGCCCUGGCGACCGAGGCCUCCCGCAGGGGGCGCAUGCUGUCUGUGCAAUGUGCCACCCCAAGCCCUCCCACCUCCCCUGCUUCCCCGACUCCACCAAUCAACCCCCUACCGUCUGAACGCCCACGGGGCGCCGACAGCAGCCAUACCAUGCGGGUCUGAGCUCUGACUGCAAGCCCUGGCUGAGGCCAAUGCUGUGAUGCUCCACAGAGCCACCUUCUGAUAGCACACCUGGGACUCUGGCUCCUCAUCCUGGCCCCCUGCCCUUGCACCCACGGCACCCACAGUGGGAAUGCCUUGGGGAACCAGGCUGGGAUCCAGGUCUCUUCGGAAAGAAGCAUGGAUGCCUUCAAAUCCACAUCUGCUGCCCUCGCCCUGAAGCCUGCACUGUCAUGCCGUGGAUGGCAAGGCCAAGGUGUCAUCCUCUCUGAUGCCCCGGUCACAGAGAGCUCAAGUGCAGUUCUGGAUGGCAUUGUGUGGCUCUCCCGCACCGUCCCCUGAUGGAGACCGUGUCCUGGUGAGGAGCAUGCCCUCAGCUGUGGGUGAGGACUGGAAGUGAAGACAGGACAGACUGUAUCCCUUGGAACAGUGAGAGACCGACUCCUGCCAUCAUCUUCCUCCCCUUCAGUCCCAGCUGCCUCAGCGAGGCCCAAGGCUUUGACACAGUGAUGCUGAUGAGUUCCCUGGAGACCAGCCGCCCUGCUUGAGCCAAAGAGAAGAUGAGGAGUGCUAGGGGGAGGCCCCCGGGCUCCUGAAGGGGUUGGGUGUGGUAUGGAUAGAAGACAGCAGGUCUGUGCAGUGUCUGAGGGCAGGUCGGAAGCAGGAGCAGACGGAAGAAGAGAGAGGCUUGGAGACUGAAGGAAGGGAAAGUCGGACACUUUCCACAGGCAAGGAGGAUGUAAGGAAGGAGGGAAAUGUAAGGGAGAUUAGGAAUGGCUUCCCUAGAGUGGAGCCUCCGGGUCGUGCCAAGUCGAGGGCCUGACUGUCACCCCUGUACUUUCACAUCUUCCUCAGAAGCAGGUGGCCGCAAGAGGACUCGCUAGGCACACAGCGGCCUCAGCUGAGGUGCUCGGUAGCAAGGUGUGGAGGAAGGGGAUGAUGGGUGAGACAGCCUGGGAGGUGUUCCAUCUGUGUCGAGGCCUGCUGUUUGUAUCUCUUCUAGGGUCAGGGACAGAGAGGACUGUCUUACUGUCUGUCCUGACUGUUUGUCAGCCUUGGAGCCUUACCUAGCCAGUUUCUUGACCUAUUUAAACCUGGAGAGCACUGUGGGCCAGCUGAGGGUUAACCCUGGGCGGAGGGAAUGUGAGGCCAGGUUCUAGGUCCUUACUCCUCAUCUCAGGCAUCCAGAGCGGGACCAGAGGCUGGGUUUUCUCACAACCCACCUACCCAGGGAGGACAGGUCCAGGAGAGACGGGAGCAGAGCAUAGUCUUCCUCUAUUCCACCUCCUGUGAGUGAGUGUAGCCAGAGAGCACUGAAGGAAGGCCAGCUGCAGACACCGAUCUCCAGCCCUGCUCUGCAAGACUAGCCCAGAGACUUCAGCCUGAGCGUCAGUGGUCCCAAGAAACAGCCGCAUCAUCUCCCAUCUAUCCAUCGCUGCUCCUUCAUGGGCUGGGACAGUUACUGGUUCAUAUGCAAGUAAAGAUGACAAUUCAUCCAACAAAUACUAGUCAAGCACUUUUUUGUGUGUUAGGUACUGCUCUAGGUGCUUAGCAUAUUGUCUUGCUUGUGAGAGACUCUGGAUUGGGAGGAUUCCACCCGUAGUUACUUCUGUCAGGCUUCUGGAAAGUGCCCCUUGGUGACAUUCCCUGUCUACACAGUCCAAGCACCCAAAAUAUGUACUUUCUUACUUAAAGGUGAUAGUGGGACUAGCUCCCAGGUUAGCCUCUCUCUCCAUACCCUGUUCCACAAGAAACAAAGUUUUUAGGGCUUCCCCUGUGUUUAUCUCUCCUUUUUUUAAAAAAAAAAAAAAGUGGUAUUUUUAGAAAUACACGUUAAAUGCCAAGAAAUGUCUGCACCUCCUCCACCACUCUCACCCUCUAUUUCCUUCAUAAAGCUGACUCUUUAUGUUGCUUUACAUGCCUUAAUAUAUGUUUUAUGGAAGUGAUCAUGUCAUAGUUACCCAUGUAAUAUCUAUCUACGUAUUUGUCUGGUUGUCAAUCCUUUAUCAGCUCCCGCCCAGAUCUGUUUUCUGUCCAUACCAUUCUUAGCAUGUAGAAACCAUGCCCUUUGCCUUUUUGAUCCAAAGAAGGGGAGAGGAAAGACUUAUUUUAAGGUAGACCUAUUUUAUGCUUUUGUUUAAAAGCAUAUCUAUUUCCAGAAUGUGCAAUGUCUGGAAGGGAUUGGUGAUCUGUGAGGAGACUGAGGUGGUUGUCCCUAAUCUGGGUCCCUGUCCUUCCCUCUGCCCCAGUGGCUUCCUUCCCAUCACCCAGUCAUUGUAAAGGACUGGUCCUCAGGCUCAUCCCGACUGCAUCCUGCAGGAGCAGGACAUUCCUUUGAAAUUCCUGUUCGAAGAAUUUGACUUCACUGUCGACUUUGGAAGGCAGUCUAAGGGUUGUCAGGCGUGUGAAUCUCCUGAAGGAAGUCUUUACAACUGCAGUCAUGCAGUGCUCACACGGGCCCCUGGACCACCUACCCCCCUCAUCCCUCUGUGAGGAAAGGCCAGCAGGUUGCUGGCAUGGUAUGCUAGCCAGUUUGAAGGAAGCCAGUCUGUUCCCUGACAGACCCAAGACCCAAGGUGAAGCCCCAGAGAAAGUGCUUGGGAUCCUUUGUGUUCUUGGGUGGAGGCUGUGGCUCCCAGGCCUCUCAUAGCUUUCUCCCGAGCCCACUCUGCGUCACACCCAGCUCCCUCUAGGCCUUUUCUUUCUGGGAGUCUUUAUGUCACAUUGGUCUGGCAUCCAGACUUGAAGCCUCAUUCUUGACGGGGGAGGGCCCCACAGUCAAUGUCACAUCUUAGUCUUUCUCAAGAAGAAGCCCGUAGUGCGUCGGCAAAACUGUGGGCUGGAGUUCAGGCCUGUGCUAGCUCAGCCUUCCAAACUCGCUUCCUGACAAGUGAAGUGAGCAAGGAGGUUCUAGCCUUUCAAGGACUGAGGCAGGAUGGAAUCUUCACCCCAGGUCUGAACUGAUGUGUCUGGGAAUUUUACAGCACUUCCGGCCAGCCUUUGAUACCUGACCUCCAACUCUGGCAUUUGUUGGCCCUCUUCCCAGCCUCCAACCUCUUGCUAUGAAUGAACGGGGCCCAGAUAUAAGCCUAGGGUAAGCACCCCUCCUGGGGAAAGUCCUGGGUACCCACAUAGGGCCUUCCCAAUGAACAUUACCUCCUCCACCAAAAACCAAGAGGCUGCGAUCAAAUACUGCUACUGUCACUUUAAAGACUUCUGAGGAAGCCAGCUUGCAAGUGGCAAGUGUGCUCUCCUGUCUUUGCGAAAGGCAUGUUCUUGGGGGCAGGGCUACUUCUGCAAGAUGGAACCCCUUCCUUCCCUCUUAGGCACCCUCCUCCUGGCAGCUCUUAAAAAUAAGGACAAAUACUAUAUAUAAAUAUAUAUAUACAUAUCUAUUUAUGCAUAUAUUUGGGGCCAAUUUGAUUUGCUAGUGUUAGACAAUAAACCAUACGAGGAAAUUUAUGAUCUCAGUGUCUUUAUUUAGUAUGAAAGUGACCUUAGACAAAGAGUUAAGGUUAGAUGAGCAGCGUCUCUGUUGGGACCACACGGCUGUAGCAUCCCUUGAGCAUCUAUCUAGCCGAUCAUCCUCUGCUGGAGGAGGGGCACCUGGAUGAGGUAGGUGAGAACUUGCUCCCUCCUCUCAGUGACAGUCUCACCAGGUUAGGUACUAAAGAACCCCGAUGAGCUCUGCAUUUGUA